AUGUACAUAAUUUCAGAUGGUGAUGCAGAAUAUUCUAAUAGUUUAUACAGCGAAGAAGUAGAAAGUAAAACAAAUAGUGAAAAACAAUCAAUUUAUCGUGAAAAUGAAUAUGAAAGCAGUGAUGAAAAUUUAAUAGAUGGUGAAAAUGAAAUCGAAGUAUUUCUAUAUGUUUGUACAGCAUCAAUAGAUGAUGCUGAAAUAUUAGUAAAAAGCAGUUUUUUUGAUAGAGAAUUAGAUAUAUCAGCUGAUUAUAUAAUAAAAAAAAUUUUAGUUGCUACAAAAAAAAAAAAUAAUAAUUGUAAUAAAAAAAUACUUAAUUGGGAUAACCGAACUAUAUAUUUUAUAAUUUGUAAUGAAAAAAAAUUAGCUUUUUUUUUAAUUGGAUUAGAUACAAAAGCAUAUUUUAAAAAUUAUGUUUUUGAAUUUUUAAAAAAAUUAGAAAUAUGUGUAAAAUCAGAUCUAUUUUAUAAUCAAAAUUAUAAUAUAAAUAAUAUCAACCCAUCCAAGUUAUAUACUAUGGAGUCUUAUAUGAGGAAGACACUUAGAAAUUUAAACAAGUGCUGUAAAGAUGAAAAAAUAUUAGCUGUUAAACAAAAAUUAAAUAAAAUAAAUUCUGUCAUGAAUAAUCAUAUAGACAAAUUAUACGAAUCCGGAGGAAACAUCAAAGCAUUACAAUAUAAAACUGAAGAUAUGUCAAAAAAUACUUUAAAUUUUGCUCAAAAUAGCAAAAAAUUAAAAAGAUUUAUGUUUUUUAAAUAUUGGAAAACAUAUGCAUUUUUGGCUUGCUUUGUUCUUGUUGGAUUUAAGAUAUAUCGCUCUCUUUGA